CUCUCCCGCCUCUCCCUCCUCCCCCCGCCGCCCCGCCGAGCCCCGGUGCGCCCCGCCGGGGGCGGUGCAUCCUGGGAAGGCGCAGCCCGCCAUGGCCCCGCGCCCGCCCGCCGCGCAGCGUCGUGGCUGAGCCAGCGCGGAGGCGGCACCGCGGAGAGCGGGGGGGACGCGCUGCCCUCCGCCCCGAGGAUGGACAGGAACUACGCGGCCACCCCCAGCUUCGCCGAGACGCAGCCCGCCGCCUCCUGGGCCUACGAGCGCGGCGCCGCUAGCCUCAAGCCCAGCCUAAGCUAUGGAGGAGGACAUUCAUCACAUUCAGAAACGGAUCUCCUUCACAGACAGGCAUACACUGCUUCUCAUCAGCUUCCUGGAUACUCUACCGCACACCAUCCUACUGGUCUUUCAGGAAUAUUUGAUACCAGUAUGCACAGUGCUGGAAGUAACACUAAGGAAACUUCUUCAGUUAUGAAUUUUCUCUCUGCUAUUGAGUCUCGUACUGCUCAGGCAGUCUCUUCAGGAUCUACUCUUUUGCCACAAUUCAGGGCUCCUUCCUGGCAGACAGGUAUGCAUUCCUCAACAGCCACAGAACUGUUUGUUACUGGAGCUUUGCCAUCCUCUGGAACAUUUCCACCAACAUCUGCUUUAUCAGCAUAUCAGCAUCCCAACACUUUCAGCAGUAGAAACUUUGCUACUACCCCUUCUCUUACUCUUCAAGAUUCUACUUUCAGUGCUACAUCAAAUGGUCUCUUAACUACUCAUGAUCCUUUAUUACAGAUUAAAACAUCGCAAGGCACUGUUCCUACCGCUUUGACAUUUGAACGCCUAGGCAGUUCUGUUUUGAGUACCAGUAUACCACCUCAGUCAUCAACAUAUCGUUCUGCUCAAGAGUCUGCACCCCAUCUUUUGCAACCUCAAUUUAGUUUGUUGCCUUCUACCCUUGGAGGAGCUCAGCAGGUUUCUCAGGCGUACAGCACAUCUGUCUUUACUGGUUCCACUGCUUCUAUCGACAGAGCACUUCAGCGAGAAUGUAGUGUUAUUAAACACCAUCAGCGGCCUUCAAGUACUCAGUCUGUUCAGGCUCAAUUGACUGUUUCACAGCAUUCCUUACACAGCUAUUUAACUAGUACAAGUGGAGUUAAUUUUCAGGAUACAUCUAGGCACUCGGCAUUAUCCUGCAGUCCAGUUGGAGAUGUUACUCAGGUGAGCAAUGGAGGACCACAGCAGAAGACUUCUCAAGUCACUGUAGAACUUGCUCAGUCAUACACAUCUGCAAUUCCAUCACCUGGUUUUCCAUCUGCUUCCACAGCAAAAGUGAAAAACUGUUCCACAAAGCAGCCUCCAAGGUCAACGAAGACCCCCAAACCCCAAAGUGUAGCUCCCACUGUGCAGACACAAAGUUAUGCCAAAACUGCACAAAAUCAGAGUUCUGUCAUUACAGGCCAAGCACAGAUCUACUCUACAGCACAGCUUCCAAGCCUCUUGUCAGUCAGCCAGUCCCAAAACUAUAUUUCAUCCCAGACUCAGAAUGUGCCACCUGUUAGCCACUCACAGGAUUUCCCAUCUAGCAAAAUUGAGAAGCUGCCCUCGCUCUAUAAAACUUUGACUUUUUCUGGGCAGUCGCAAGCUAUUACAUCUGAUAGUCAAACUCUUAGUUACUCCUCAGAGGAACAGGUAUUGACUUCAGUUCCAAAUGAGAACUACUCUGGGCAAACGAGGGAACUUUCUUCAGUAAGCCAAUCUCAGAACUACUCUUCUAGUCACUCUCAGGGUUUAUCUCCAGUUAGCCAAUCCCAAGUUAGUUUUUCAUCUCAAUCACAAGUUUUAUCAGCUGUUACUCCUUCAGAAAGCUAUUCUUCAGGGCAGUCUUUAACAUUAACAUCACCUUCUCUUUCCUUUAAUGCCUCUCCUCGGAUACAAACUCUUCCAGCCUCAAGUCCUAAUCAGAGCUAUAUUUCUUUACAUUCUUCUCAGAACUCUCAGUCACAAGAAUCUUCCUCUCCACAGUCUCAAAAGUUUUUGCCAUCUGUCCAUUCUCCACCUUUUGCAUCCCCAGCUCAUUCACAGACACUGCAGAACAACAGGCCUUCCUCAGAAACAAAGUCAUAUGUUAAAAGGAAGUCUGACUCUAAUUUGUACGCCUCAUCAAAACAAGAGGAGGAAUUAUCAAUGCAGGAUAUGCAGGCAUUGCAACAGCAAGCUACUCUUGAAUCUUCCGCUCAAAGACUAACCGAUGAGGAAAUCAGUGCUCAGGAUGCAUCCUAUAGGGUCUCAAAAGCAGAUGACAGAUAUUCUCAAAGUGUAAUUAGAAGUAACUCUUGUCUUGAAGAUCAAGUUGUUGGACUUACUCUUCAAGGAACGAAAAAAGAUGAAAGAAUGGUCAAUUCUGUGGAACAGCUUUCCCAACAUAUUGGCCAUAUCACUAGCCUAAGCCAUGAAAUGAAAAAGACAGCUAAUUUAAUGCAAACAACACAAGUGACUGUGAGUGCUAAAGAACUAAACCAGCAGCAUUCUCUUAUGCACAAGGUACACGACGGUAAAGUUCAAGAACAGCAGGGCCAAGUCAUUAGUACACCAUCGCAGGUUCAGCCUCAUGCUUUAAGACAUGGUCAUCAGCUGUGUUUGCCUGGUGCACAGGUACUCCUGGAGUCAGCCUGUGACUUGCAGAUUCUUCAUCAGUCAAUACUGCAGUCAGGUUUAGGACAGGCAAAGGCAUCACCACAAGUGCAAAGAAUACAGAGUCCUCAACAGGUGACACAUCCUUUCAUUCAGAUGGAUGGUCAUAUUAUUCAAAGUAAUGGGGGUCAUUCUCAGCAACAGCUUCAUGCUCAGAAUUCAGAAGUAAUGAAAAUGGACAUUUCUGAGUCCUCAAAACCACUACAGCAACACUUGACAACAAAAGAUCAUUUUACUCAGACAAAUCAACACGAUUCAAAAAAUCAGUUUGUUUCGCUUAGUUCAAUAUGUUUCCCAGAAUCUAUGCUUCUCAGUGAUGAGAGGAAUAUAUUAUCCAAUGUAGAUGACAUCUUAGCAGCAACAGCAGCAGCCUGUGGGGUGACACCAUCUGACUUUGCCAAAUCAGCUCCUAAUGAAGAGGAAAUCCAGUCUGUUGAAAAUAGUGAGGAGUCUAAACCGCAGUUCCGAACAAUGGAUGUAAGACCCGUGUCUUCUGUUUUCAGUGCCUCACCUACUGUAGUUGGCAAGCCAGCAAGCAUAAGUAAUAUAUCUCUCAAUGGAGGCCAAAUUACUAUAAAUCUUACACCAGUGUCAGCAAUACAGACAAAAACUGUGAACCUCGAUCAGCAACACAUUGAAACUUCUGAUCAAAAUGUAUCAACAAGAAUGACCUCUCCAACGCUUGGCCCUGGUCAAGAAGAGCAAGAACAAGUUCCAGUUAAGAAACAAUCUAGCAUCAGUCAUGAAUCUGAAGAAGAUAAUGAUGCUGAUGGGACACUGAAUGCAAGAGACGCAGAAUUUGUUUCAAGUGGUAAGAGUCUAAGUGAAGAAAGUGCUGUUUCAGAGAAUGAUUUUAAUAUGCAUAGUGAUGAUGGUACAGUGACAUGCAGCCAGUCAAAGGGUCCGUUGCAACCGCUAUCUAUGCCCCAAAGUGGAGAUGGAAGCAUUAGUAGAAAUGAAGAAGAAUGCCAAGAUUUAACUCAAGCGAAUCUUCAGAAGAAAAAAAGCAAAGGAAAAAGCCAAAACAAAAGUGCUGCAGAAGAUGACAGUGCAAUUCAGAAACAGAUAAAAAGAAGUGGACAGUGUAAGCGUCAAAACUCUAGAGGAAAUGACUCAUGUUUGACAUACUCUUCUCCUGUUUCUGAAAGUUGUUAUGAUACUUACCAGCAUCAGGAAAGAAUGAGGCAAAAAAUUAAAGAAGUUGAGGAAAAGCAGCCUGAAGUGAAAACAGGAUUUAUUGCAUCUUUUUUAGACUUUCUAAAGUCUGGGCCUAGGCAACAGUUUUCAGCUCCAGCCGUACGAAUGCCAAGCAGGACUAGGAGACCAGUUACCCAGAUAGUUCGUGCCCCUUGCCUACAGUCCUCUGCAAAGCCUCAACCAGCAGCAGCAGCAUCUGUAGCUGCUGAGGUUAGUGGAGAAAGUCCAACCAAAAAAGCCGAUGAAGAACUUAAGAAAAACUUGGAAACGUUGCCUUCAUUUUCUUCUGAUGAAGAUGAUUCUGUCGGGGGCAACCACGAUCUUCAGAAGAGCAUCUCUACUGCAUUGUCAGCCCUGGAUGAUACAUCUGAUAGAAAGAACAGAUCAGAAGCUGAAAAAGCGGCAGUUGUUACUGCUGCUGCCACUGCUGCUGCAUCACAGCAGGAAUCAUCCCAGACAACUGCUCAUGUAGUCAAUGUGCAGGAGAAAACAAAUCCAGCUGACUCUUCAAAAGUAGCUCAGCAGGAUGCUGUGGCCGCAGAACAAUUGGCAAAAAUACAGGCAGCUAUUGCAAUAGAAGGAUGUACUGAUGAGGAGAACACGGACAGUGGAGGAGAGGGCAUGUACAGAGAACGUGAUGAAUUUGUAGUGAAGAUUGAAGAUAUAGAGACACUAAAGGUUGCUUUGCAAACAGGGAAAGAGCCUCCAGCGAUUUGGAAAGUACAGAAGGCUUUAUUGCAAAAGUUUGUUCCUGAAGUGCGAGAUGGACAGAGAGAGUUUGCUGCUACUAACAGUUAUCUUGGGUAUUUUGGGGAUGCAAAAACAAAAUACAAACGAGUAUAUGUGAAGUUCAUUGAAAAUGCAAACAAAAAGGAAUAUGUCAGAGUAUGUUCAAAAAAACCACGAAGCAAGCCUUUACAGACAGCAAGGACGAUUCAUUGCAAACCUAGUAGUAGCAACAGCAAAGCCCCUGAUCCGCCAACGCCAAAACCAACAGCAACAAAAGUCUCUUCUGUGAAACCCAAAGCUAAACAGCCAAAGGUCAAGGCUGAACCACCACCAAAGAAAAGGAAAAAGUGGAAAGAAGAAUUUUCAUCUUCCCAAUCUGAUUCCUCACCUGAGGCCCAGAGUGAUGAGGAUGAGCUUGUACCUCCAGCCCCCCUUGUUGCUCGCUUUCUGAACACAAGAGCUAUGAAAGAGACUUUUAAGAGCUACAUGGAGUUGCUUGUUAGCAUUGCUUUGGAUCCAGACACAAUGCAAGCCUUGGAAAAGAGCAAUGAUGAGCUACUUUUGCCUCAUAUGAGAAAAAUUGAUGGUAUGCUGAAUGACAAUAGGAAAAGAUUACUUUCCAAAUUACGCUUGGAUCAUGCUUUCAAGAAUGCUUUGGAAAACUUUCCUGAACUGACAGUGAUCACUCGGGAUUCUAAGACAAAAAGUGGAGGAGCGUCUGUGUCCAAGAUCAAAAUGAAUGGUAAAGCUUACAACAAGAAAACACUGAGGGCUUCUAAGUCAGCCACUAAAUUAGCACAGGAGUUUACGGUAGAUCCGGAAAAAAUACAGUUGUAUUCUUUGUAUCACUCACUCCAUCAUUACAAAUAUCACAUAUAUCUGACAUGUAAAGAAGAGAUUUCUUCUGUGCAGAAGAAGAGUGCAGAUCUAGGACAGGAAGAGAUUGUGCAGCUGUGCAUGAAAAAUAUAAAAUGGGUGGAAGAUCUUUUUGAAAAGUUUGGUGAACUUUUGAAUCGAGUCCAGCAGAAAUGCUCGUAACAAAAACAUGUCCCAGAUCUCACUUUUUUCUACGGCACUAACCUGAUGGAACAGAAAGCUCAGAGAGGCUCUCGUUUCUUUUACAAUGCCAGACUGCGUUCUUGAUCGUAGCCAUUUUUAUUUCUCUUCAUGGAACUUUGUGCCUUGGCUCUUGCUGAGGAAAAGUGAUGCUGCCAAGGAAAUCAGUCCUUUAGGAAUGGAACUAAACGUAAACCUAACCACAUUUUUAACCUGAAGAAUUGUUUUCUAUUUUGUAAACUAUUGGGCAACUUAGUUUUAUUUUCAGAAAUGUUUUUGACAAGUGAUAAAGCAUGCACUACAUUUACAUUUUUCUUUAUUGCUAUGAAAAGAUAACAACACUUAAAAUACUACAGAUUUUUCCAUCCCUGACUAAGCAACUGAAAAGUCAGUGUUGGGGUGACCUGAUUUCUACAUGUCUGGCCACCAGAUUUAGAGUUUUUUACAUUUUGUGAACAGAGCCGGAGUGACAUCAGUUUCUGCAUACGUAUGUUGCCAUCAUCAAAUCCAGAAAUGUCAUUAUGCUUUAUGGACUCCUUUUACUCUUGUCAUGUUCAGGAAACUGAACAUGGAGUUGGUGCAAUCCUAUGACUGCUUUUUGUGUCAAAUUAUAUUGUAAUGAAAGACAAUGACCUUAACUAUUUUCCCCCGUUUGAAGAAAAAAAAUAUUUUCCUUUAUACUGUGUUUUUUUUUCUUUUGGAAAAAAAAAAAUCAAUUGUACAUUUUAUCUCACUAAUAGUUGUAUUUUUCACAGAGAAAAUAUUGUGGUUAAAAUUGUUUCAUGUAUCUUUGUAAUACACUUGCCAUUGUUUUCGGUAAAUCCUAUUCAUUUAUAUGUUGAUUUCAUAUUGUAAACUAUAUAUCUCAAGGUAACCCUUUUGUUUAUACAGUUUGCUUCAGUGUUAACCAGAAUAAUGCAUACUAGACUAGUUUUGCUUUAAAUGUAGUUGUGUUAGACACUGCAAUUAUUUUCUGAUACAUGAAAAUAAAUUUCUUACUACACUAGCACUUGAUUAACUGAGAGUUUAAAUGAAGAGUUACUACCCUUUAUCUUAGUCAACAAAGAUUGAUGAUUGAAUAGACUAUAUGCAGUGUUAAACACAGCUUACAUAAUUGUUUGUAGAGCUGGCAGUUGCAGAGCUGUUCUCUUUUUGGUGCCUUUCAAGUUUUCAGACAUCUUUGUAGUUUUUUUUCCCCUCCAGUUUGUUAACAGUUAGUAGUGCCACUAGUCACACUCAGACAAUGAAUGUAAUGGGCUCUAAGCAGGAGAACAUUUUCUUAACAUUUGCCAACAGAAUGCCUUACCAAGUCAUUCAGAAUAGAGAUGUACUCUUCUGGCGUCCACAAAAAUAGUCAUGUUGGUCUUUUUUCAGAUAAUGUAGAAAAAAUCUUCAUUCCUUUGUACUUUCACUGCCACUUAGUGCCUUAAUUUCAGCCGAGAAAGCAGGGUUCACCAUUCAUUGGCCAAAUGAAAUAAUGUUCGUUGCCAUGUCACCUUUAUUCCCCCAAUAUGUUUUGAUCCUGUUUAGUUGUUAAAUAUUCAUUAGACCAUAGAACUAUAAAGAGUUUAAUGGAUAGACGUGAAGAUGAAAUUAUUUGAUCUUGAGUAAUCAAAUAGAGGUUUGAAUAUUAAAGUAUGUACAGAAUUUUAGCUGAUUAGUUUUAGAACCUUGUAGGAUGUUUACCAUAUUCCAAAGCUUUUCAUCUUUUAAAAGCAAUAAUUCUCCUUUACAAUUUGUAUGCAGACUACAGUGAACAGAAAUGGGUGUAUAUGUGCCCUUGCCUUUUUUAAAGCCUCUUUGUAGGGGUUUUGCUUUUAAGAAGGGAGGUCACUAUCAUGUUAAUAGAUGCAUUGUGCUACUGCUGGGUCUACUAUAAUCAAGGAGAGCAGGAUGGGUUUGAGUUUAGGAAGAACAGGCAGAUUGUUGGAGUGAUCAUGAAGCCAAUUCAUUUUCAUGGUGACAAGAAGGGUAGCCACAGGCUUGAAGAGUUGCUAUUGUUUCAGUCGUACUGUGUUGUAUCUGGUAGGAGGUAGAGUUGAUAUGGGGAAACCAGACAGCAGAGUUGCCAACAUUGGUAGCAAUCAGCUAAAAUUAUUUUAAUGUAAAUAUGUGCACUGGAGAUAAAGUAGAAAUGUGCCUGGUAUAGUAUCUAAUCGAUAGGGGGGGGGUCCCAAAUUUCCUUAGUGCAUUCCCUUAUUGGUGGGGGUCAUUGGCACUGUGUGUGGAUUCAUGAGAGGUAUUUGCUUGCCCAGGCAGAGUUCUGUUGUCACAGUCUGAGAAUUCCUAAUCUGUAGUUUUAAAUAUUAGGAUACAGACUCAAGGAACAAUAAAGUUGGCUCCUUGAUGAUACAGUAAAGGGACACACGCACAUCCCUUCCUAAAAUGACUAUGAAGCACCUAAUUGAGAGAGGUCUCUAUGCUUUCUAAAUGAGUUCUAGACUGCUACUGUAUACUUACUCUAGAGUUUUGAAUCUAGAAGUAGCUUUAGGAAGCUACUUGUUUGAAUCCAAGUCCUUAGAAGCUGAAAAGAGAAAUUAGAGGCUUUUGGUGUAGCUUCUCCAUAUUUUAAAAGAAGGUAACUUUAGCAACAACCAUUUAAAAAAAUGCAAACAACAUAAAAUGGCCAGGAUGCUCUGCACUGCCAUAGAUUGUGACCUGGCUUAUUUUUGGCUAUUUUAUUCCCAAGGCGAGCUAAACAAGCACCGUGCCUGUAGAAGACAGGACAAUCCUGUCUUGAAAAAGAGUAACUACUCUAGAAUAUUAAGGAUUAUUUUAAUGGAGCUUCCGUCUUUUUGUCUUGGGCUGCAAAAAUGGUUGCUGGAUUAAUUUACCAGAUGAGAAGAAGUAAAAACAUGAAGCUCUCGAGUGUGUUGAAGGAUCAUAAAUCAAAAUAAAGCUAUGUUAGUGGGAUUGAUAGAGGGUUUUUUUUUUUAUACUGAAGCAAACUUAGAAAAAAGUCAGUGUACAAAUUACUUUUUUUUGCACAAAUAUUUUGCUUUGUUUUGUUGCAUUUUAGGUAAUUGAUUAUGCACCACACCUCAAUCUUCUGGGUUUUUUUUCCUUGAAGUGAGUGAGGUCUUCAUCCCUUAACAUCUGACAGUGGAAGUUGAGCACUCAUUUGACUGCAAGAGAAGAUGCACUGGGAAGGAAUGAAACCCUCCUUAGACUCUGAAUUAGCAAAACAGAAAUUAAACUAAUUGCAUGAUGAAUUAUUUGGGUUUGGAUUCCACUCUUUUUUCCUUUAGUAUGGCAUCCCUGUUUACAGUAGGUUUGCUUUUAUUGAAAUACAGUAUUUCUCUUAAAGGCAGGUUUUCUUUGAGAUGCUACUUCCAAAGUUUUGCUAGCAAAAAACUGGGGACAAAAUUGGAUUGAAAAACUGUUUCUGAAAACGGCUGAGGACUUUAGGGUCUUUGAAGUUCUGUGGCAUGUAUUGUAUUCAUAUAUUGUUGAAAUGACAAUACUACUUUUAAAAAGUGAAAUCUUACAGGCUGUCUUCCAAGUAAAUGAUUUCCAUAGGAAAAAUAUAUUUUAAAUAUUAUUUAAAUAUUUACUACUAUUUAAAACAGAAAAGCUAAAAUUAUGGUCACAAAAUGUCAGUGUGUCAUCAACCAUUUCUUGUCUCAUUGCCAACACGUGACAUUUGGUCUCUCUUACCCUGUUACAUACCUGUGCAUUACACGAUGCACAUUCUGCCAUAUCUGAUUGUUUAAGCUAAUAAUAACGACAUGUCAUUGUUAACAAAUGCAUGUUUUUCUGCGUAUCUCCUUUACAUAUGGCAAAAUGAAGCUAGGGCUAAUUAAGAGAUACUUCAUGCGGUCUUAGUCCAGAUUUUCAGGUGGUCCAUAAUACAAUGUAUGGAAAUGUGAAAAAGGACAGUUUUGUACCAUUCAUGAUGUUAUUAACUAAAUCCAUUAAAGUGAAAACACUUUUUAAAAAAAC